AUGGCCUUCUUCAAAAGCUUCCAGCAGAACCUUCCAUCUGUCAACAUUUCCUCCCUCUUGGACACGGUCAGCAGCCGUGUGGACGACCUGGCCAAUGCUGUCAGUGAUGUCACUUACGCUGUCAGUGACCAGCUGACUGAGGGGGUCACUACUAUUAUUCACAAGGUUCAUGAGGAGGAAGAUGGGGAGAACGCCAGCAGCCAGGAGUCCGGUCAAACUGCCACAGUGCAUGAAGGGAAAGCCAGCAAUAAAAGCAUGUGGCAAAUGAAUAGAGACUCGGAAACGGGGAAUACAGGCUCAAAAAACAACCAAACCAGUGAUACAACAGAGGCAGAGUCCAAUCAAAGUCAGCUGGAGUGGGAAUGGAGGGAUGGAUGUUGGCGAGUUAAAAAGACAGAGGCUGAGAUAGCGGAGGAAGAACAGAGGAAGAAAGAGGAAAAAGACCUGUGGGAGAAGAAAGAGCAGAGGAGAAAAGAAAAGAGGGAGAAGCAGCUGGAGAAAGAAGCCGAUCAUCAGAAAAACAAAGAGGAAUCCCAAGAGGGACAGGAAGAGACCAAAGAACAAGCUGAUGUUUUAGAGAAAACAGACAACAUGAGUUCAAAAGACAGAAAAGCAAGUGAGAGUGGAGACCCAUCCACUGCUCAGCAGAGAAGUAAUGAAGGUGAGGAAAGUCCUCAAUCACCUGGUGCUGAAGCUGAAUUAUUAUCAAAACAGAAAAAAGAAAAGGGAGAGAAAGAAGAAGAGGAAGAGAGGAAGGACAGCCUCGAGAGAGAGGGAGAUGAUGAGGAAGAGACUGAGCUUUCCAGAUCUUCCUCAAAAAGGAAAAAGAAGAAAUCAGACAAGAAGAAGGAGAAAGGCGCAAAGAAAUCUGAAAAAGCGUUGGAUGUGGAGAAAAAGAAAGAUAAAGGCAAGAAGAGCAAGAAGAAAAAGAAAGGCAACCAAGAGGGAGUUUUACCAGACAGUGAAGAAGACAGAGGCCCCGUGGCUGCGGCCCAACAGAACUCAACCUCAGUGUGGAACAGCAAACGCAAACAGUCCAGUGAGCAGGGAGGAUAUAGCAGUGAGGCCUCCAGUGAACAGGCCAACAACAUCCAGAGGAUAAAGAAGGAUUCCUCCCUCAAUGAGCUCCAGCCUCCUCCGUACCAGGACGAGGGCCCGGCCGCAUGUGCGUCCUCUCGCUCUCGUUCGGAGCGGGGGGUUAGGAGGGGGUCAUCCCCACAGCGCUGCGAAAGCCCCCGCUGCUCCAGUGAGGCCAGUGUGGACCAAGACACUGAGAGCUACCUCAACAAGGGCUGUGAGGAGGACAUACCCAGUGACAGCACCGCAGUGCUGGGACCAGAGGAUGGUUCUGGUCCUCACCUCCCCUCAGCCUACGAGCCAGAGCCACUCGCCAAAUACGGCACGUUGGACGUCGCCUUCGAGUACGACUCCGGUGAGCAGUGGCUAGCCGUCACGGUCACCGCGGCAACAGACAUCCCCGCUCUCAAACAGACAGGCAACAUCUCAUGGCAGGUCCACCUGGUCCUGCUGCCUACCAAGAAACAACGGGCCAAAACGGGAGUCCAGAGGGGCCCGUGUCCCGUCUUCACAGAAACAUUCAAGUUUUCCAGGGUGGAACAGGACGCCCUGGGGGACUACGCUGUUCGCUUCCGCCUGUACAGCAUCAGAAGGAUGAAAAAAGAAAAGGUCCUGGGAGAGAAGGUUUUUUACCUGACUAAGCUCAACCUGCAGGGCAAAAUCGCUCUACCUGUCACCCUGGAGCCCGGCUCUGAACUUACAGGUUGCGGCUCUCUGGUAAGUGUGUCUCGCAGCGUGGGAGCCGUGUCCUAUCGGUCUACUGAAGACCAUUCCACACCAGAGAUCCUCCUGGGUCUCAUAUACAACUCUGCCACGGGACGAUUAUCCGCUGAGGUCAUCCAGGGAAGCCACUUCAAAACCACAGCAUCUGAUAAACCUGUCAAUGGUCUGUUUUGUUGUAUAAAACACUUCGUAGGGGGACAGCUAUAUAUCAUGAGAGACACCUAUGUGAAGCUGACCAUGCUGGACUCCAAGGGGAAGGAGAUGUCCAAGUGUAAGACGGCCGUGUGCCGCGGCCAGCCCAACCCCACCUACAAGGAGACGUUCAUGUUCCAGGUGGCGCUCUUCCAGCUGUCCGAGGUGUCGCUGGUGGUGUCGGUGUUCUGCCGCCGGAGCAGCAUGAGGCCCAGGGAGAAGCUGGGCUGGGUCUCCCUGGGCCUCAACAGCACCAGCGAGGACCAGCAGACCCAUUGGACGGAGAUGAAAGAGGCGGAGGGACAGCAGGUCUGCCACUGGCACACGCUCACCGACACAUAG